AUGGCUGCCAAGGAGAGAGUCAAGGAGCAAAUCACGGAGCAAAUCGCCCUGGAAAACCUAUUGGAAUCCCAAGGAGGAGUCCAAGUCCCUCGGAUGCCUGGAAUCUCUGAGAUGACUCGCUUUCUGCGGUCGACGCGGUCCGCAAAGCUCGAACGGCGCUUUCCCGAAGAAGCCGUGAUCUGGCAGGAGCCUCAUCCCUUGAGGAAGAAGCCGUGUGGCCGUUUCGUUGAUGGAAGAGUUGAGUCCCGUCUCCAAAGCCCAGCGAGGAGAAAACACGCGCGGCGUUUCUUCGGAAGCGGGACGGAGACCCCCGUCCGCCUCAGCAUCACUGAGCAGACAGGACAAGUCGCCCCAAAGCAGAGACUGGGAGACAGUUCCGCCAAAGCUCCCGGUGAACUGGGACUCGACAGGACUGCGGUGCUCGAAGAUCCCCAUUUCUAUGCGCUAUUAGGACGUCGCUACGCAUGUCACAACGACCUCAUCAGUGAGCCACUGCUGGGAGAGAUGUUGUUGGAUGCCGCAGCCAAAGGUGAUGUGCUGCAAGUCCGAGGCAUACUUGAUCAAGCAGAGCUGGACCAGCAAAAUGUCGCCUCCGUUCUGGCGUCUCGAGACUUUGACGAUCGCACGCCUCUGCACUGGGCAGCACGGCAGGGGCAUUUGGAGGUCUGUGAUUUGCUCCUCCGCAAGAAAGCGGAUGCCCUUAGCACGUCAGGUCCCCCACUGGCCACCCCGCUGAUGCUGGCGAGCCUCCACGGGCACGCUGGCGUGGUGCGGCGGCUGCUGGGCACCUCGUCGGCUUCAAAACAGCUGCAGAGCUGCGAUGCCAAAGGAAGGAAUGCUCUCCAUUUGGCUUGUUGUAGCAAGUCGCAAGUCUUGCAGCUCUUGCUGCACGUGCAACCUGAGCUUCUACAUUCUCAGGACAAGCUGGGUCGCAAUCCUCUGUACUAUGCUUUGGGCAAUCCCGUACCAGAGGAGCAGUGGGAGAUCUUGAAUACCUUGUUGCUGGGGAAGUGUUGUGCACACCAGGUGGAUUAUUUGGAUCGAAGUCCACUUUGGUAUGCUGUACAUGCAGGUGCUGUCAACUCUACAGCCUUGAUGUUGCGCCUAUCACCUGACAGGCCGCCUGAAGUUGCUACGAGCUCAAAGACACGGCACGAUUUAGAAAGACCAAAGCCUGAAAGCCAACCGAAGCCUGAAGAGUCCAAGGCGGAGGAAAAGAAGGAUAAGCCCAAGCCUGAUGCCAAGCCUGAAGAGUCCAAGGCGGAGGAAAAGAAGGAUGAGCCCAAGCCUGAUGCCAAGCCUGAAGAGCCCAAGGCGGAGGAAAAGAAGGAUGAACCCAAGCCUGAUGCCAAGCCUGAAGAGCCCAAGGCGGAGGAAAAGAAGGAUGAGCCCAAGCCUGAUGCCAAGCCUGAAGAGCCCAAGGCGGAGGAAAAAAAGGAUGAGCCCAAGCCUGAUGCCAAGCCUGAAGAGCCAAAGGCGGAGGAAAAGAAGGAUGAGCCCAAGCCUGAUGCCAAGCCUGAAGAGCAAGGCCGGAGGGAAAAGGCGGAGGAAAAGAAGGAUGAGCCCAAGCCUGAUGCCAAGCCUGAAGAGCCCAAGGCGGAGGAAAAGAAGGAUGAGCCCAAGCCUGAUGCCAAGCCUGAAGAGCCCAAGGCGGAGGAAAAGAAGGAUGAGCCCAAGCCUGAUGCCAAGCCUGAAGAGCCCAAGGCGGAGGAAAAGAAGGAUGAGCCCAAGCCUGAUGCCAAGCCUGAAGAGCCCAAGGCGGAGGAAAAGAAGGAUGAGCCCAAGCCUGAUGCCAAGCCUGAAGAGCCCAAGGCGGAGGAAAAGAAGGAUGAGCCCAAGCCUGAUGCCAAGCCUGAAGAGCCCAAGGCGGAGGAAAAGAAGGAUGAGCCCAAGCCUGAUGCCAAGCCUGAAGAGCCCAAGGCGGAGGAAAAGAAGGAUGAGCCCAAGCCUGAUGCCAAGCCUGAAGAGCCCAAGGCGGAGGAAAAGAAGGAUGAGCCCAAGCCUGAUGCCAAGCCUGAAGAGCCCAAGGCGGAGGAAAAGAAGGAUGAGCCCAAGCCUGAUGCCAAGCCUGAGGAGCCAAAGACGGUUCCUGCUCUACCAAAUGUGCCACAUGUGCUUGCACUGGAAACGCCAAGAAGCUAUGUGGAUCCCGUGCCGGUGCUCAAAACAGUGACGGAAUCUGGCAGCGCUGAAGCCACAGCAGUGGCAAAGGAAUUGCAGGAGUUGCUAGAGCAGCACAAGUAUCUCAAUCCACAGACAGCCCAUGUUCGACAUCCCUUGCACGGUUGGGUGAGUCGCUGCUCACAACUCUUGGCCGAUUCCAAAGUAGCGGAAGCCAAGGUUUGUUUAGCUCGUGUGACCACGGGUUUGAACACCGACAUGACGCGGAUCUCAACGGCCUUCAGACGUUUUGAUAUGGACGAAUCCAAACAUCUAGAUGAAACCGAGAUCAUGCGCCUGGCUGCCUACCUGGGUGUUGAUGUCAACCCCAAAGAUUUAGAUCACAACACCGACGGUGAAAUCAGUCUGUCGGAGUUUCAAGACUUUGUUGGCCGCAUGGGUGGGAUCCAGCAGCUCUUUGAGCAACGCCGCCGGCGUGUGGCGGAGACGCGGCGCGACACGUUGAGCAUGGCGGGGGUGGCCAUUGGGGCGCGCGUGCUGGCGCAUUUCUAUGCAGGCGUGAAGCCAGAUCGCUACAAGUCACCGGAGCCCGAAGAAGCGGUGGUCUUGGGGGUUCAUUACAAGGAUGAUGAUAUGGCGGGCCCUUCUCAGCUGGAAGUGGAGUUAGAGUUCUUGCGAGAUCCGACGACAUUGGAGAGGACUAAAAAGGCCACCUGCGUCCCUUCGCAUUGGAUCGUCAGCACCUCGGAAGAUGCUGAAGUGGCGGCUGCACUGCGCGAGGUUGGUAUCCACGACGAAGACCAACCCUUUUGGGAUGCCGUCUUUCCGGCCUCCGAGACGCGAGAGGUCGUCCGGUUGACCACCUGUCAACGUCGCGCCUUGGCGUUGGUGCGCGCACAGGCGACGUAUCUUCACCAGGCUGCCUAUCCCAGAGUCUUGGAGCGAUUUCAGAAGAUGGGUUACACCGACAAGGAACUCCAGGCCGUCUUGAGCUGGGUUCAAGACCUGGCACCCGUCAUCAUCCACGUGCAGCUGGACACAGUGGGUCGAUUCCUCGAGUCCGAUGAAUUCUACAGGAGUCAGUUCGAGACGAAGACCUCCAAUGGUGCAUUGGACGAUGGAAACAACAUUCGCAUCGGAUGGGAAGAAGAUCUCUUUGGUGAUGCCUAUCAUGAUGCAACACCCUUUGAGCGCUGCAAGUACGGAGCUUUGAAUGUGACCAAUGACUUCGAGGGCUGCAGGUCAGCGCUUCAGUAUGGAGACAGUUACCUGGUGCUGAAGGAUGUGCGUUUGCGGUGUAGCUUCGCAGCCACGGAUUCUGGUGGGAUCGAAGGCUCGAGGUUGGCCGUCCUGGACAAAUAUGCACAUGUCCUGGAGGAAUACCACGAGCACGAAAUCCAGGGCAUUUUGGACGUGGCCAUGGCUCCGGAGCCUCGAGCCGCGGAGGAGUUGCCAAAGCUCAUGCGAGGAAGUACAGAGAAUUCCAUCAGAGAAUGGCUCACCUUUGGCUUCCCCCAACUGAAACGGAAGGAAGGUUGCUUCUUUUUCGAGGUGGAGCUGAAGGAGGGCUGCAUUCUGCCGCACGUUGGACUUGCAGGUGAUCAAUUCAUGUGGACGGUGGGAGUGAAGAGUGUCACUGGUAUCGGUGGCAUUGGCGACGAUGAAUACAGCUGUGGCGUCGAUGGUCUGCACGGCGCGUGUCUCAAAAAUGGCCCGGUGAGCUCGUGGAACGUCAGCUGGCCCAAGGGUUCGGUUGAGCGAGUCCACUUCGACUGUGACAAUUAUGAAAGGGAACAAUCCGAAAUUCUGGGCAAGACUGUGCUGGUGGGUGUUUUAGUAGACUUGGACCAUGGCACUGUGACCUUUGCAUCAGAUGGUGCCUGGGGAAGUACCUGGAACCCACACAUCACACAGGAGGAUAUGCCCUGCUACCAUGAGGGACUCUUCCCAGCUAUUUCCAUCAAAGGUUCCGCGAGCUUUCACUUCGGUCCUGACUUUAAGCACCCACCGCCGAAGAGCUUUUGCGACUUCACCCCUUGGGCCAAGUUGGGAGAAGUUCGUGUGGACAACCCAGCGGUAGGAUGCUCAGACGUGUUGAACAUCUACAAGGAGGCGCAGAUCCACGGAGAGGUGUGCCUCAAGAAACAUGUCCUGCGCUUGGUGGCCAAUAAACGCUACCGCCAGCAGACGCGAAGUUGGAGCAUCCAGGUCACAGGCGCGGGUCGCUGCAAUGGCACCUACCAGUGGUUCGAUCGUUUCAACAAGCGUUCCUGCUACAAGUCUCCCUCUGGGUGUAUCAUCUACUACAACCAGCAGGAGUCAUGCUGGCGCAUCAACUCCCGACAGGAGUUCACUGGCUUCGUUUUUCAAGCCAAAAGCAAGGAAACUUCCCGCUAUGUGAGCAACAUGGGUGGACACAGUGAACCACCUCGCACCGGCUGGAAACCCACCCUGGGUUUGAAAGGCUGCGUGCCAGUCGAGAUCUUCCAAAAAGCCUUGGUGCAACAAGGAGUUCCAACAGAGGACCUAGAACAUAUGAUCAAGGUCUUGCGUGGAAGCGACGAAGAGAAGGAUUCCAUUUUUCGGAAGCUGGGGGAAACGACCUUCAAAGCUGAGUGGCAUCGCCUCGUUUGGCCACCACAUGCACGGCCUUUGAGCGCUGCUGGAGCCUGGGCGGAGGUGGUAAGGCUGGCACAAAGCGACAUCUUGACCAAGCUGGGCUUGUCCACCAGCACCGCAGUGGUGGUCUCUCCCCAAGGGGAGCCCGAUGGAACCUGGGAAUGUCUGGUAUCUUUGGGGCCCAGAGAGGAGUCAGACAGCACUGGUGUGGCUUUCCACGUCAUCAAUUUGCG